GUCAAAGAAAUCUAAAGAACGAAGGUUACUAAAACAACACAAGCAAGUGUGGUGGCAGGAACACCAAAGGCUAAAGGAAGCCAGAUGUAAAUUGGAAUCUGAAAUAAAAUAUUUUUUCAAUGAAGAUAAUAUUGGAAAUGAAUGUCUUGGUGACCUUACAAAUUUUGGUUGACUUUGUAAAGAAACAAUUGAAAACUGUCUUUGGAAGACUUAACCUGGAGCAACAGAAGAUAGAAAAUGAUCUUUUAGACUACAACAUGAAAAUUCUAGAUUAUUCUUCAGAAAUGAAAGCUAAGUUUCUUAGGGCACUGCCCCUGGAGUUAGAAACUUUGGAAUGUCCAUACCCUGAUCUGAAAUCUUCAAUCCUUAAAGAGUUUUGCAACUUUACAAAGAAAUAUCAAAAGAAGCUUGAUGAUUUUGAUCUGCAGUUAGAAGACAUACACAGAAACUUUCAACUAAGUAAAGAAGAUCACUGGGUUUACCAGAUUGUAUUAGGUCAAUAUUCUGGGGAAGUCUUUGGUAGAAGGACUCUGUAUCUGGACAUGUUACAGAGAUAUUUUCCUCACAAAUCUAGGCACGAUUUGGUAGAACAUGAGAAAUAUUGUGUCCAAUAUCACUUUGCUAAGGAGCAGCGAAAGAUGCUGAUAAAAAAUUGGAGUAAGAACAGGAAAGACUUUACACAGAAGGCAGUGUUGACGCUCCUUGAGGCCUGUGUAGCUCAUGAACUGGAGAGCAUGUUGGCCAAGGACAGGAGAAAGCAACAAGAAUUGUGUGCUCAUCUGAAAGCCAAGGUUUUUCAAUGGAGAGCCCAUCAGGAAGAAGUAGCCAGGCUAGAAAUGGAAAUUUCUGCUCGAAGAAGAGAGCAGGAGAAGAAGAAAGAAAAACUGUGGAAAAAGAAAGAAUUAUUACAAAGGGAGGAGAAGAAAAAAAAGAUAAGAAAAUACUGGGCUAAUAAAGAACAGAAGUGGCAAGAAAUGGAAAUGAGAGAUCUCCAGCGUCUGGAAGAACUGAAGAAAUUAAUGGCUGAGCAGUCAGUGAAAGACAGAGAAAGGGUUAAAUAUAGACAAGAAUUGUUGGAGAGGCAUUUAAUGGAAAAAAAGGAAGUGGCCCUUCAAGAAGCACACGAGGAAGAGGAGAGAGAGAGGAGAUUGGAAGCCCUUCGGAAGCAGGUUGCUGUUGUUGCCCAAUUUGAUCCUGUUAGGAUGAUGUCAGAUACAAUGGCAUGGAAAGCAAGGGUAGAUAGUGACACUGAUGAAGAAUUUUCUCUUCAAAAGCCACUCUUCACGUUGAACACAUACAAUGAGCAGCAGAUAAUCUCGGACCCUAGACUUCGUUUUGAGUUAGCACUUCGAGAGGCGGGACUUCAUAAAGCAUUGUAUGCCAAGGAAGUAUUACCAAAAAUCAGCCCUCAGAAACCUCCAAGAAAGGACAUGGAGUCUACUGUAUUUAAAAUCUAGAGCACGUACUCAAAUCUUAUUAUAUGGGAACAUUAUUUUUUCUUUGAGAACAUUUAUAUGGAUAAUAAUAGUUACCAUUUUCAAAGAUUUUAAAAACAGAUAUAGAAAUCAUAGCAUC